AAAAAUGCGGGUCAGGGUCCGUAUUCACUUGGUUCCCGCCUCUGCAAAAAUUGGUAGUGAAUUAUACUCUUGCCUGUUCGUAGAAAGCCCUCUGAUCUAAGAGAUGACUAAGAUAUGCAUAUCCUGAUGCACUUUUUCCUUUUCAAUGAUUCUAUAAGGUUUGACGAUCUGUGGGUUUAAUUCAAUGAUUAUUAUAUUUUUUUAUCGAGGUUGUCUAAUUGGUGAAGUGGGUUUUCUUUUUGGUAAAUUUGGGUUGUAGAUUAUUUUUUGUUUUCUGAAGUUGAUAGCGUUUAUAGGUUCUGUUUCCUUGCUAUUAGAAGAAUGAUGAGUGGAGAUAACUUCACUGAAGGGGUUUCCAAAAAGCGUGUUGUUUUGGGAGAUCUGACCAAUUGUCCCAUUGAAAGAGAGUUUUCAUCAGUUUCGAAUGAUGUGCGGCUUAAAUCUGGAGAUGGGUAUGGUAAAAGACUGGUCACUGAAGAUGAGGAUUCACGUUGUGCAAAACAAGUGUGUUUAGGAGUCGAAAAUUUGGUCAAAGAGAAAUGUAAAACCAAAUUUGGGAUUGAUAAUAGUAGCGAGAAAGGUUUGUUUCUCAUGGAAGAUAAGCAACCUAGCGAUUCAUCACCUACUGAUAGCGAUAUUGAUACCUCGCAGGAGAAUACUGUUUCCAUAAUCUCACAUAGACCUAAUGAAAAUAAGGAAACAUCUCUCUUGUUAGAUGGCGGCGUCAAUGUUCUUAAGAGUGUUACAUUGACACAGAGUGUUGGGGAAGGUGGGGAUGCAUCGAGAGAUAGUAGUGCGUCUACUGGUUCAAUGCCUACAAACUCGUCGUCUUGCAAGAAAGAUAGUGAUGAUGAAGGGAGACUCACUUCUGAUGUAAAGCAAAGCAAUCCGGAAGGUCAUGUUGGUACAGGUGUUGACAAGGAUCUUGGUGUUGGUAUAUUGGCCAGUAGUAAAUAUGGGCCCGUUGAGUGGUCAAGGUUGCCCAAGUCACAGGGCUCCAAAUCAUAUGAGUUGGAUAGGUGCACGGCUCUUAAAGGUAAUGGUUGUGCUAAUUUGAGUGCAGGUGCUGACUUGAUGAAAGCUUGCUCUUGUUCUUUUUGCUUGAAAGCUGCUUAUAUUUGGUCAGACCUCCAUUACCAGGAUAUUAAAGGACGAACAGCUGCAUUAAAGAAGAGUCAGAAAGAAGCAAGCAUCUUGGUUAAUAAAUAUGCCAGGGGAAAGCAGACUGACAUCCAUAGCCAAGGGAACUCCAACAAAUCCUCAAAAUUGGAGUCUGACCUCACGACUCAAUGGAGGUCUCUCUUUCAUCAUAUGGAGGAUAUAUUUGUUCAUGAAAACAACCAGCUUCAAGCCAACUUUGUUGCACUAAAAGAUUUAAGAGAAAAUUGCAAGAUGGAUUUAGAAAGGACCACUGGGAUGCCUUCUGACAACUGAGUGAUAUUUGUUCCUCUGAUGAUUGUAAGACAUUCUUGUCAGACCAGUUCUAGAAACUUGUGCAUGCAUGUAGACACACCACCCCAGUAUUUGUGUGCGCACAUGUUUCCGAUUUGUUGUUUAGAGAGUUCUUUGUAGUCUUAUCAUUGUCACAGUAGCUGUAUUAUACCGUGCAUCGAUUGUAAUGCUUGUCGUUGCAGUACUAUCUGCGUUAGCAAGAAUUUCCAUUAUGGAAAAUGAAAGUUGUGGUUUUUAUCC